AUGGGUGUUCUUGAUAAACUAUCAGAUUACUUCUCUGUGUCUCUGUCACCAACAAGGGGAAAGAAACGCAAACCAAUGCAGACAGUUGAAAUAAAGGUGAAAAUGGACUGUGAUGGUUGUGAAAGAAGAGUUAGGAAUUCUGUUGCUUACAUGAAAGGUGUCAAGGAAGUGGAGGUAAAUAGAAAGCAAAGCAAGGUGACAGUUAGUGGCUAUAUUGACCGAAACAGGGUGCUAAAGAAAAUACUCAACACUGGAAAAAGAGCAGAGUUUUGGCCUUAUGUUCCAUAUAAUUUGGUGGCUUAUCCUUAUAUAUCACAAGCAUAUGACAAGAAAGCACCUGCUGGUUAUGUUAAGAACUCAAUGCAAGCACUUUCUAGUCCAAAUGCUAUGGAUGAGAAACUUACUAAUCUUUUUAAUGAUGAAAACCCUAAUGCAUGUUCUAUUAUGUAA